AUGACGGAUCGCUUGCCGGGCAAAUACCUUGAAAAACUCCACACAAAGCCUUGGUUCCAUGGAGGUCAUGUUCCAGAAAUUAAAUAUUCCUACAGUGUCGCAGGUCUAACACCCUCCCAAUAUCCCAUUAAAGUCAGAUCUCUACUUCCAGGUGUUUCAGCUGAGAAAAAUCCUCGAGCUCCAAAAAAAAUUUUUCCAAACGCAGAUGAUCCUAAGCCUCCUAUAAAUUUUAUAGUAGUAUUUUAUCUAACCUAAAAUCUCCCUUUUUAAAUAAAAAUUCACAUAAAAAAAUACCCUCCUUAAUCAUCUGAAUCCGCAUAGAGAAUUCCGUGAAUAUUCAUUUCUCAGAGAAAACGAAGUCAUAGUCACAAUUGAACACUGUGAUAAUUGUGAAUCACAUUUAGAAACUACACGGCACGACCCAGAAAAAUACGCAGGCUUCGCGCAAUCCAUAAAGAGUGGCGUAUUAACACGUUUCCCCAUGGUAAAAGUCUUGAUCAAGCCUAUAUCUAAAUGUGACGACAACACAACAAACCAAAGAAUGGGCGCCUUUGAAGUUCAAAUCUGUAGUAAAAUUAAAGGGAUUAUUAAAAAAGAUACCCUUCAUUCUAAGCUAGCUACUCGCAAAUGGCCAGAUAUCAGAGAAGUCAUAGGGAAAAUGGCCAAUUAUCUGCCGACUUGUCAAUUAUUUGUCACAAUUUAUGAUUACAGUGACCAAGAAAAGUUUUUAAAAGGGAUAAAAGUAGUUGUUAGACCAAAAGCACUGCCUAUUGCUAUACCAGCCUUAUCAAGACCUAGAAGUGCUAAUUUUGCCUCUAUGAGACCACAGUCAGCAGGGACUACAAUGUCAGUUAGAAGUAUUAGAUUUUCUUCAAGAAAAGAAUCAAGGCCUACUUCACAUUAUGCUAACAAGCCAAAACCGACUGAAGUAAUUUCCUAUGAGCGCACCACAGACCGCGACGGGUCUUGUCUUUUUGCAAAUAUACCACUUGAUAUAUAUGAAAUUGAGGUCUGUGAAACCAAAGAAUUCAAAGGAGCUACCAAGCUUUUUAAUACAUUUGAAGAGCCUUUACAAAAUUCUAGCUUAAAUGUAUAUAUUGCUGUACAAUCUCGCGAGAUUUCUGCUAUAAAAAUCGUAUUAAAAGACCCAGAGCUGAAAACUGAAGUAGCUGGGGCUAUGGUAAGGAUUUCCCGUGGUAGUGGGGAAAUGUAUUUUGUCCCGGAAAUGAGCCGCGGAGUUUAUGAGCUGUCAAUACCUAACCCCUGUGAGCGAUAAAACCAUUGGAAAAAUACCUCCUUUUUGGCUAAAAAAUAUUUUGAUAUAUAAGCUAUUAAUAUCAUAUGAAAUAUCUAGCCAAUUCUGUUGUAUUUUAAACUGCUUGCAUUUUGAAUUAAAAUAAUUUUUGUAAAUUGGGAUUUUUUUGAAUUAAAAAAAAAUUUACUGUAUAAAGUUUUUAUUUAAAAUUAACCUCUCUGUGAGCAAACUAAUAUUUUUGCCGCUAGGGAAGGGGGGAGUAAAGGAAAUUAUGAUCUAAGUAUCCAAGCUGAAGGGUACCAAGAAAUAGUCAAAAGUAUUCAAGCAAACCAAGCUGAAAUCGUAAUGACUGAAUUACUAAGGUCCCGUGAAAACCGUGAGGUCCAAAUUAUGACCUAUGAUGCUCUUAGUGGGGAGCCUUUAGGAUCAGUCUAUUUAGAGCUCAGAAUCAAUGAAAAUAACUCCCCAUUGGAAGGUCUAGCAAAAUCAGGGUCUUUUACUUAUCUUUUAGAUGAAAUCGGGAUGUUUACACUAUCAGCUUCUAAACAAGGCUAUAUGGACGCUCAAGUUACUCUAAAAGUCUCCACAAAAGGAAACACCAUUAUUGCUGUUGGAUUAGUCCCAAUUCCUCGCCCAGAGCUCUCCUAUUUAGUUUUUUCCUGAACCCGCUGCAGUGAUGAUUUAGAAAUAGAAGCAAUUGGAGAUAAUCUUCUUUUAUCAUUACGUUCACCUAAUGGAAAAGGCUGCCAAUUCAUUGACAUGCUAAAAUCCCAUGGAAUCGCUACAAUUUGUAUUACCCCAGAAUGUGGCGAUUUAAGGGUCAUGGCAAAAUCAUUGUCAAAAGAAUUAUUAUUCCUAAUAAAAAUAUAGUUAACUACACUGACUGGCACGGGGUGCUUUUGGCUCGAAACUGAGCCAAAAGCACCCCGUGCCAGUCAGUGUAGUUCACUAUAAAUAUAGAAAUAUAUAAAUAUUUUUAUUUAAUUUAUAUAAAAAAAGGAUAGAAGGAAAAGAUAAUGAUAAAGCUCCGUUAUUAAGCUCAGGAUUUAGUGUAAAUUAUUAUGCGAGACAGAAGCAAGAAUAUAAUAUAAUACCAAGCUAUGGGAAAGGAAGCUGGUGGGAUAUAGGGGUUUAUUUUAAGGACAGGAAUGAUUUUAUAGAAACUAAUGUAAUCACAGAUGAAAAACUUACCCAUUGGGGAGAUUAUUUUUCGGUGUUCCACGAAAUCAUUAAUUUGGCUGAAAGCUCAGAUUCAAUUUCAGCAGUUUUUGGAUUUGACCAGAGUGGGGUGUCUAAACAAACGGAUUAUGGGAGGGACAAAUUUGUGUCACCUGAAAUUUUGAGAAAAAUUUUAUACUAUAAAAGUAUAUUUUUAUGCAAUUGUUUUAUAUAAAAUAGAUUAUUUAAAGGUUAAUUUCAAUAGGAAUAUCAAUAAAAUGUAAUGAUGAUGGGUUACAGUAUGCAAUGAGAAGCUUUAUUACUCCCAAUGGAGUCAGUUUGGCGAUGAUUAGAAAAAGAUAUGAAAAACAUAGAAAAUUCCAGCUGCAAAAGCCAUCAAGAUUUCAAAGUGUUGAUACAUAUGCAAGGUUUUUAGGAAUGGAUUCUAUUGAAGACAAAGGGUAUUAUUGGAUAGCUCAAGAAGCUUUAGGGGCGAAUUUGCCUGAAGGAUGGGAAGUUGUGUCUGAUAGCCGUGGAUAUAUCAUCAAUUUUAUUAAAAAGCUAAAAUACCAAUUUCUUAUAAAAAAAUAAACGAUUAAUAUAAAUUUGUAUAUUAAAUAUCGCCAUAUCCCAUCAGGGCAAUAUUCUACAGACCACCCAAAUCCUAAUGACGAAUAUUAUAGAAAUAAAUUUUUAGAUGAAAAACAAAAAGCUAUUAAAGAAGCUGAAAUCAGCAAAGAAUUUUCUAGAGAAGAAAGAUCGUUACUAGAAGAAGUAAAAUUCAGCCAAAGCCACGAAAAAGAAGAAAAACAGUCAAGUAGCAGUGAAGGAGAACAAGAACAGGCAGAAGAAGCAGAAGAAGAAAAUGUCCAAGAGUUUAUAGAAAUUGUGAAUAAACAGUGCAAAGAACUGUGCGAUUUAGUAGAAGAAAAAAUGACCCAGGCCAUGCAGACUGGGAUUGAUAUUGAUAUAGAUACCAGAGGAGCUUUAUUAGAAAAAAUUUUAGAAUAUGCAGAAAAUUUAGAAAAACUAUUCUGAUUUAUUUUGAAUUCAUAACAGGGUUUUUUUUAGUAUUUUAUCAAUAAUUUAUUGAUAAAAUUAAUUUAAAACAGUAUAAAAUCAGAAGUUGAAGAUAAAGAAGCUUUGAAUUUUGUAAAAAAUUGGAUUCUAGAAUUUGGGAAGUUACAUAAAAGCUUGAUCGAUUUCCAUGUAGAUGGAGAAGCUGUAAAAGGAGCAGGUCAGAAAAAAGAAAAAAGUGAUAAAAAACAUAAAAAGAGUUCAAGCAGUUCUAGUAGCUCAAGUUCUAAUAGCUCUAAAUCUCAUAGUAGCUCUGAAUAUGAAGGCGACCAAUACGAUGAAAGUUACAACGAAGAUAAAGUUGUUUAA